AUGGAGCCCGGUGGGAGCAGCUAAAUCCAGGCGGGAGCUAAAUUUCCCCUCCGGAGGGACCCGGACUUCUUGCUCGGGGUCUGCAAGAGGCGGCGGGACCUGCUGAAGGCUUGCGCCCACGCGGGACCGCUCCGGGGGAAAAAAAGUGGAGCCGAGGGUUUUCCAGGCGCUCCCCAUCGCUCUGGAUCGCGGCUGGGCUUGGGGGAGGCCCCGCACGAGAUGUACCAGAGCUUAGCCAUGGCAGCCAACCCCGGCCCUCCGGCGUACGAGGGGGCAGGUGGCUUCAUGCACAGCGCGGCCGCAGCGUCCCCGGUCUAUGUGCCCACCACGAGGGUCACCUCCAUGCUCCCCAGCCUGCCCUACCUGCAGAGCAGCGCCUCUUCCCAGCAAGGCAGCCCCGUCCACUCCAGCCACUCCAUCUGGACUCAGCCCGGAGCCGAAAGCGCCGCUUACAACCCUGGAUCUUCUCACCCUCCCGUGUCACCUCGGUUCUCCUUCUCCACCAGCACCCCCAUCCCGGCCACCUCUUCCCGGGAAGCGGCGGCGGCUUACAGCAGCUCCUUGAACCUUUCUGCUAACGGGAGGGAGCAGUACGGCAGGGGCUUCGGCAGCUCCUAUUCCAGCCCCUACCCGGCCUACAUGAGCCCCGAAAUGGCCACGACCUGGACUUCCUCGCCCUUUGACAGCCCCAUGCUGCACAACCUGCAGAGCCGAGGGACGCCCGCGGCCGCCCGCCACGCCAACAUCGAAUUUUUUGAUGAUUAUUCCGAGGGGCGAGAAUGUGUCAACUGUGGGGCCAUGUCCACGCCGCUGUGGAGGAGGGACGGCACGGGGCACUACCUCUGCAACGCCUGCGGGCUCUACCACAAGAUGAACGGCAUCAACCGGCCCCUGUUCAAACCCCAGAGGAGGCUGUCAGCAUCUCGCCGUGUUGGGCUCUCCUGUGCCAACUGCCACACGACCACCACCACACUCUGGCGCAGGAACGCUGAGGGGGAGCCCGUCUGCAACGCCUGCGGGCUCUACAUGAAGCUCCACGGGGUCCCAAGGCCUUUAGCCAUGAGAAAAGAGGGAAUUCAGACGAGGAAACGCAAGCCUAAGAACCUUAACAAAACAAAGGCACCAGCAGGCCCAUCCAGCAGUGAGAGUCUUACCCCGACCACCAGCUCCACCAGCAGCAGCAGCAGCAGCACCACGACCACCGAGGAAAUGCGCCCCAUCAAAACAGAACCUGGGCUCUCAUCUCACUAUGGGCACCCCAGCCCUGUUUCUCAGGCAUUCUCCGUCUCUGCCAUGUCCGGACACGGAUCAUCCAUUCACCCUGCGAUCUCAGCUCUGAAGCUUUCCCCCCAGGCUUACCAGUCAGCCAUGAGCCAGUCUCCCCAAACCAGCUCCAAACAGGACUCCUGGAACAGCCUGGUGCUGGCUGAGAACCACGGGGACAUCAUAACUGCAUAACCUGGCCCUUUCCCUAUGAACUCCAGGCUGAUCUGCUUGAGAGAUGAAGAAGAUGCCACGUAAUCAUCAAGCCAAUGUUGUCUCCACCUCCCCUGCUCUCCUGCCUUCUCUCCCCUUGUGAGAUGUUCCAGCAGAGGUAAAGAGAACUUAUCUGAGGUGUAGGGGAGCUCUUAUGAAAUGAACAGAGAAGACUCAAAUCUCAGAGUACCUCAAGGAUUUGAAGCCUUUUUUCCCUGCUUUUAAUGAGCCUCUCUAUUUGACUGUCACCACUUACUAUGAA